GCAGAAGUGUCUCAGGCAUUCAGGUGCUACAGAACUGACCACCUGAAUCUUUCAGCCUGCUCUCCCCUCCCAUUCCCAAGACCAGCCCAGGCUCCUGGACUUGGAAGUCUAAGCCCCACCUUCUGGAACAAUGAAACCAACAUAUGCUACUCUAUCUUCCUCGGAUCCUCUAUCUGACUUCCAUCCUGGGGAGGCCACUUGCCUCGGACUUCACAGAGCUUCCUACCCGUUUCCCUUGGUCCCUGUGAAGUCAGCCCCCGCUUCCCCUCUACCGCCAGGUCCAGUCUCACAUUUUGUCCCUUUCCCUCACUUUCUGCUCCAUCCUCUUCCUCAGAAGGGGGAUGCUCCCUUUACCAUCUGCCCCGCCCCUAGCCCCUCCCAUACCUCCAAAUAUUCGGGAGAGAAAAUGGCUGAGCAGGAAAAAUUCUCUCCUUGGCCUAGUCUGGCCCAGGGAUGGAGAGAAGAUAGUAGAAAUUUGAAGUGGAAAAUUAGCUGGAGCAAGGGGAGGUCAGGAAGGGGUAAGUGACUAGAUGUAGGGGUCUAGGGAAGGGGGAGGCACAGGGAUGGCUGGGAGGAAGGACCAGAUGCUCAGGCACUGGGCAGAGUGGGGUCCAGGUGACAGGACUUGAUGCCUGCAUUGUGGCUGAGGGCUCAUGCUCCUUCUGCCCUUCACUGCUCCACCCCCUACUUAGGUCAAUAUUUAUGUGUCCUGGACCUAGAGAGGCCCCUGGACUCACUACUGUCCCAACUAAACUCUCCCUGUCCCGCCUUCCCCACCGCCCGCCCCGCUGGCCAGUCCCCACGCCCACACACCCGAGGCUGCCUCAUCUGGCACUGAUUAUCUCCGCUGCUGCCGCUGCUGCUGCUAAACUCAGCUGCUGCCUCUGCCUCAAGGACCCCGGCGCCUCUCCCCCCGGCCAUGCUGCCUGCUGCCACAGCCUCCCUCUUGGGGCCCCUCCUCACUGCCUGGGCCCUGCUGCCUUUCACCCAGGGCCAGACCCCCAACUAUACCAGACCUGUGUUCCUGUGUGGAGGGGAUGUGACCGGGGAGUCAGGUUACGUGGCAAGUGAGGGUUUCCCCAACCUGUACCCCCCCAAUAAGGAGUGCAUCUGGACAAUAACGGUCCCUGAGGGCCAGACUGUGUCCCUUUCCUUCCGAGUCUUUGAUUUGGAGCUGCACCCCGCCUGCCGUUAUGAUGCUCUGGAGGUCUUUGCCGGGUCUGGAACCUCGGGCCAGCGGCUUGGACGCUUCUGCGGGACCUUCCGGCCUGCGCCCUUAGUCGCCCCCGGCAACCAGGUGACCCUGAGGAUGACGGCGGACGAGGGCACGGGAGGACGAGGCUUCCUGCUCUGGUACAGCGGGCGGGCCACCUCAGGCACUGGCCCCCCCCCAGGCGCGAGGCGGAAAUGGGUCACCGACCCGCGGGUGGAAUGGGCGGCCUGGGGUUACUGGGACGAGCACCAAUUUUGCGGGGGGCGGCUGGAGAAGGCCCAGGGAACCCUGACCACGCCCAACUGGCCCGAGUCCGAUUACCCCCCGGGCAUCAGCUGUUCCUGGCACAUCAUCGCGCCCCCGGACCAGGUGAUCUCGCUGACCUUCGGGAAGUUUGACCUGGAGCCCGACACCUACUGCCGCUACGACUCGGUCAGCGUGUUCAACGGAGCCGUGAGCGAUGACGCCAAGAGGCUGGGAAAGUUCUGCGGCGACACCGCCCCGGGUCCCAUCUCCUCUGAAGGGAAUGAGCUCCUCGUCCAGUUCGUCUCUGACCUCAGUGUCACGGCCGAUGGCUUCUCCGCCUCCUACAAGACCCUGCCACGAGGUGCCGCUGCCGAAGGGCAGGCCCGGAGCCCCGGGGAGGAUGCCCGGUCAGGAGCCUCGCUCCCCAAGCCCGGACCCCCACCUGUGGAGAAGCCAAAGGCCUCAUCGGAGGCUCAAGCAACUCCGGAAGCUCCCAAUGUGCCCAAUGUGUCCUGCCCAAAGCAGUGCCGAAGGACAGGCACCUUGCAGAGCAACUUCUGUUCCAGCAGCCUGGUGGUGACCGCGACAGUGAAGUCCAUGGUUCGAGGCCCAGGGGAGGGCCUCACUGUCACUGUCAGUCUCAUUGGUGCUUACAAAACCGGAGGCCUGGACCUGCCUUCUCCAAUCACUGACACCCCCCUGAAGUUCUAUGUGCCUUGCAAGCAGUGCCCUCCCAUGAAGAAAGGAGCCAGUUAUCUGAUGAUGGGCCAAGUGGAAGAGAACAGAGGUCCUAUCCUUCCUGCAGAGAGCUUCGUGGUUCUCUACCGGCCCAACCAGGACCAGAUCCUCACCAACCUCAGCAAGCGGAAGUGCCCCUCCCAGCCUGGAAGGGCUGCUGGGUCCCAGGCCUGAAACCCAGGCUACCUUCCUAGCCUGGAGCCCUAGGGACUCCUUUCUUAUCCAAAUAAAUGUUUCUUGACUGAGGAA